AUGCUAUCACAUUGCGAAGGCCCCGUUUGGGCUAUCGACGACUUGUCGCGAUGCUUCCAACGCAACGUUCUGCAACUCCCGCUAGCGGCAUGCAGUCUUUCCUUGCUCCUCAUUCUCGUCCGCCUCGCAUACCGUUAUGUCGUCUCUCACAAAGAUGUCGCCUACAAGGUUCUCGUCAACGAUGAUGCCGGUGAAGUCCCCAACAGCGCCGAAACCGAGUCCGAUCCUAUGCUCUUCCAGGCCGUCCAGACCGAGUCCGAACACUUACAGCUGGAGGUCGACCGCCCGAGAGGAGAAAUCGCCAUCGUCACACUCGAAAUCGCUGCACUGAUCGGCCAGCUCGCUCUCUAUGUGGUCAUCUUUUCUACCGAGGGCUGGGGUCGCCAUGGCGGUAUUCCCGCCAUUGCGGGUCUGGUUUCCUGGGGUUAUAUACUGUUUUUGGUCCUGGUCCGAUUAUUGCUGUCCACCAUGGAUCUCUUCUCGGCCCCGCGACUGUGGACUCAUACGGCUAUUCUGUACAGUGCCCAAUGGCUUUUCAACACAAUGGUCUUCCGUUCCGCCGUCAUCCACCCGAUUUCCCGAAAUGCUUUGAUUCUCAGCAGUAUUCAAUUCUCCCUCACCACUCUACUUUUCAUCAUCGCUCUCACGACUCGCCGAGGAAAUAAACCAGUUGUGGUGGAGCGCGAGGAUGGGUUGGAGCCUCCACGUCACCCCAUGGCCAGUCUGCUGUCUCUGGCCACUUUUGCAUGGUUGGAUCCAUUGGUUUUGAAGGGUUACCGACAGCCAUUGGAGUUAGAGGAUGUCUGGAAUUUGACACCCUCUCAAAAGGCCGCCUCAGUCAUCACCGAUUUCCGGAAACGACAGAUGACGGGCUCUUUGGCAUGGAAGCUCAUCCGGUUCUUCAUCGGAACCAUUCUGAAGCAGGGCGCCUGGACUGUGUUUGCCAAUCUGUUCGUGUUUGUGCCGAGUCUGCUUCUAAAAGCUAUUCUUGAAUAUGUUGAAGAUCCUCGCUCAACCACUCCCAAUGCCGCUUGGCUGUACGCCACUCUCCUAUUUUGUUCCGCGAUCGUUCAGGGUGUGGCGGAUGGACAAGCUCUCUACAUUGGUCGCAAGAUGGGUGUCAAGAUUCGCGCGAUCAUUAUUGGUGAGAUUUACGCCAAAGCCCUGCGCCGUAAAGCAGGUGCCUCCAUGGAUGCCGUUAAAAAGACCAUUGAAGAUCCAACUGGGUCCAAGGAUACGACUCCAAGCAAGAAAAAGAAGGGUCUGUUAUCUUUCGGUCGUAAGAAGAAGAACGCAUCUGGAAACGAUGCUGAAUCUGGCGAUAAUGCGAAAUCCGAUCCGGAGGAUGCGUCAAUGCAGGCGAAUGUCGGUACCAUCAUUAACCUGAUGGCAAUUGAUUCCUUCAAAGUUAGUGAGGUUGGCGCCUACUUACAUUUCUUGUGGGCUAGUGUUCCGGUGCAGAUCAUCAUGGCUGUCACUUUGCUUUACAAGAUCAUGGGAUUCAGCUCGUUUGCCGGUAUUGUGCUAAUGGUUUUGAUGCUACCUGUCAACCUUUUCAUUGCCCGGCAGUUUAACAAGGUUCAAAACAUGAUUCUCAAAGGCACUGAUGCUCGUAUUCAUGCUACCAACGAGGUUCUGCAGAACAUUCGCAUUAUCAAAUACUUUGCGUGGGAGCAGCGGUUCCAGGAUAUCGUCAACGAGAAGCGCAAGGCUGAACUUAAGUCCCUGCGUCGCCGUUACAUUCUCUGGUCCUGCGCCGCGACUGUUUGGUACGGCACACCGAUCCUGAUCACAUUCCUCUCGUUCUUCUUAUACACUGUUGUAGAGAAGAAACAAUUGACCCCUUCGAUUGCUUUCCCUGCGCUAUCAAUGUUCUCAUUGCUACGCGUGCCUUUGGACCAAUUGGCGGAUAUGGUUGCUCACGUCCAGGAAUCAAAGGUCUCUUUGGACCGCGUGGACAAGUACUUGAACGAGGAGGAGACUGGCAAAUAUGAUCAACUGCGUGAUAGCACUUCUUCUGAUGGGCCGACAAAGAUUGGAGUCGAGAAAGCGACUUUGACCUGGGGCACUACUAAGCCCAAGUCCCAAACCACCACUUCCCCCGACGCUGAUGCAUUCCGACUGAUCAAUGUUGACGUCGAUUUCCCAAUCGGAAAGCUCAGUAUCAUUGCUGGCCCCACUGGCUCCGGAAAGACCUCUCUCCUUAUGGCUAUGCUUGGUGAAAUGCGCCUCGUCGAAGGUCGGGUCCAUCUCCCCGGUGGCAUGUCGAACCGCUCCGAACUUCCCGUCGAUCCCGAGACCGGUCUGAUUGAUAGCAUUGCGUAUUGCGCCCAGGAAGCUUGGCUGGUCAAUGAUACCGUUAAAGAGAACAUCAUUUUUGCAACCCCUUACGACGAGAAGCGUUAUCGUGCCGUCCUCAAGGCAUGCGCCCUGGAGCGUGACAUCACUAUCCUGGAUGCUGGUGACCAAACAUUGGUCGGUGAGAAGGGCAUUAGUCUUUCUGGCGGCCAAAAGCAGAGAAUCUCUUUGGCUCGAGCUAUCUACAGCAGUGCCGCCCACCUGCUGUUGGAUGACUGCCUUUCUGCCGUUGACUCUCACACUGCCAAGCACAUUUUCCGUCAAGCUCUGACAGGUCCAUUGAUGAUCAACCGCACAUGCAUCCUGGUUACUCACAAUGUGGCCCUGGCCGUACCCCAAGCUGAUCACGUCGUUGUACUUGAAAACGGAAAGAUUUCCUCACAAGGCCGCCCUGAUGAUGUUGCUGCUACCGGUGCCCUGGGUGAGGAAUUCUUCAAGUCUCGCCCUGGAUCUCGAGCUAGCUCGCGUGGCCUCUCUCGUGUCCCAUCGGAACAUGAGGAGGACUCUACGGACUCUGGUGCGAACGGAAACGCCAAUGGAACAGCCGACAAGGGCAAGAAAGACGACUCCCACAUGAAAGAAGGCAAAGCCACUGGUAGUAUCAAGAUGUCUACGGUUACAAUGUACCUCGGAUCAAUGGGCUCGUGGCCAUACUGGAUUCUUGCCGUAACUGUCUUCUGUCUGCAGCAGCUGGGCUCCGUCUCGACCAAUAUUUGGAUUCGCCAGUGGGCCAAUGCUUACCAAACAUCUAACGUCGGUUCAGAGGAUGUGGGACAGUAUGCUGCCGCUGCCCAUCUCAAGCCCCCGUCUUUCAACGUUGGAAGUGUUUCUAAAAUGAGCACUUUCGGGCCGCCUCAAUUGAACACCCGCGCUUCGGGUACCACACCCGACGGCCAGGUCGACGUUCUUUACUACCUUGGUGUAUAUGCUCUACUCGGCUUUUUGUAUAUCGCGAUCUCCCUGAGCCGAGAGGCUGUUCUAUUCUGGGGGUCUCUUCACGCAUCCUGGAAGAUCCACGAUCGUCUCCUCAGGACUGUUAUGCACGCCAAGUUCCGCUUCUUUGAUUCUACACCCCUCGGCCAGCUCAUGAACCGAUUCUCUAAGGAUGUUGAAUCAGUCGAUCAGGAAGUCGCACCAGUGGCAAUCGGCAUGCUACACAGUCUGGCAUCGGUGAUCAUGAUCGUGAUAUUGAUUUCUUGCAUCACCCCAGGAUUCCUGAUUGCCGGUGUUUUCAUUACUCUGGUAUACACCGCUCUUGGCGCCAUCUAUCUGAACUCGUCCCGAGAUCUCAAGCGUCUGGAAUCUGUCCAGCGCAGCCCCUUGUACCAACAAUUCGGCGAGACCCUCAAUGGUAUCGUUACCAUCCGUGCUUAUGGCGACGGCCCUCGCUUCAUUGUUGACAACCACCGCCGCAUCAACGCCUAUAACCGACCACACAUCUACCUCUGGGCUAGUAACCGCUGGCUCGCUCUUCGUGUGGAUUGGACCGGUGCUCUCGUUUCCUUCUUCUCGGCUACAUUCGUCUUGAUCAAUGUUGGCAAGAUCGAUGCCGGUGCUGCUGGUCUGUCUCUCACCUACGCUGUUACAUUCACGGAAAAUGUCCUUUGGCUUGUCCGCCUCUACUCCGAGGUUCAGCAAAACAUGAACUCGGUUGAGCGCGUGCGCGAGUAUCUCGACGUUGACCAGGAGGCCGCCCCUGUCAUCCCCGAAUCUCGCCCUACGACUGGCUGGCCGACUGAAGGUGCUGUUGAGUUCAAGGGAUAUACCACCCGCUAUCGCCCUGACCUCGAUGCUGUGCUCAAGGAGGUGUCAUUCUCCGUGAAGCCCGGUGAGAAGGUCGGCAUUGUUGGUCGUACAGGUGCUGGCAAGAGUUCCCUGGCAUUGGCACUUUUCCGUGGCUUGGAAUCCGAGAAGGGUCAGAUCUUGAUCGACGGCGUUGACAUUGGUUCUAUUGGUCUUCGUGAUCUUCGUGAAGCAAUCACUAUUGUGCCUCAGGACCCGACUCUAUUCACCGGUACCAUCCGCAGCAACCUCGACCCCUUCGGCCUCUUUAGCGACGAGGAGAUCUUCACUGCCAUCCGCCGCGUGCACCUGAUCGGAUCCGAUGGUUCGGGCACCGCAACCCCAAUGACCACGAGUACAUUCACCGCCACCGAAGCCAACGCCAUGAACGGCAGCACGGCGGCUGUGACCACCGUUGCCACCGACAACAAGAACGUCUUCCACAACCUGGACAGCCUCGUUUCAGAAUCCGGUUCAAACCUCUCCCAAGGCCAACGCCAACUCCUAUGUCUCGCACGCGCCCUCCUCAAACAACCCCGUGUCCUAAUGAUGGACGAAGCCACCGCCUCCAUCGACUACGCCACCGAUGCCAAAAUCCAAGAGACCCUGCGCGAACUGCACAGUAGCACAAUCAUCACUAUUGCGCACCGCCUGCAAACCAUUAUCGACUACGACAAGGUCUUGGUCCUCGACCACGGGCGCGUCAUCGAAUUUGAGCAUCCCUGGGACUUGAUCAACCGCGAAGGCGGCUUGUUCCGGAGCAUGUGCGAGAAUAGCGGUAAUAUGGACGUUCUCCUAGAUGGGGCGAAGCGUGCCUGGACGCAGAAGCGUCUGGUCGACGAUUCUUGA